AUGCUACUUCACCUUCUUUUGAGUGUUUUGGCCACCGCACCAGCACUGGCAAGCUACUGCCUUGAGGGUGCUACUGGUGACAAUUGUGACGAUUUGGAUGCAAUCAUCAAUAAACUCUUCACCAACUACUCACGCUACGAACGUCCAAAGCCACACCAUUGUGACGCCGACAACACCACAAGCGACACGGUUUUUGUAGAGAUAAAUUUUUACAUCAAAUCUCUCAGUGCUGUGAAUAUUGUUGACAUGGAUUUUAGGUUGGACACCCUCCUCCGUCAACGGUGGUAUGAUCCACGUCUGGAUGUUGGCACUCUUUACAACUACAGUGAUGUGCCAAUCCACCUUCACAUGCUUGACAUUUGGUUGCCCGAUUUAUUUUUUCGCAACUCCAAGUCCUCCACCCUACACGCCAUCACCACGCCCAACACACUGGCGUGGAUCAACUCCAACGGUAUGAUAACUUACAGUCAAAAGUUGACAAUUGAGUUGUCCUGUCCCAUGCAGUUGUGGGACUUUCCAAUGGACACACAACACUGCUCCGCCAACAUUGGCUCUUAUGGCUACUCGACACGAGAUUUGGAAUUUCGGUGGUGGAAUGAAGGCGGCUACGACUGCAGUGGACAGAAACGCAGUGGCUCGGUGUUGAAUGCCGCGGUUCAAUUGGAGGACAACCAAAUAAAUGAAUAUACUGUGGUUAAACACACUUGCACUUACUGUGAUCGUGCCUACAAAACUACUGGUAAAUUCUCUUGUUUGAAUGUGGAAUUUGAAUUGAGUCGUAAAUUUGGCUUCUACCUCAUCUACGCCUAUCUGCCGUCGUUGUUGGUGGUG